AUGAAUGCUUGGACCAAGUGGAAGCGACAGACGGCCGUCGGACUGGAGCUGCUGGCCGAGGCGGGAAACUAUGCGGCCGUGCAGCGUAUGCUGCAGAACAACCCGUACGCCUGGUACUCGCCUGCCGCCGCCGCCGCCGCCCACCCAGCCGUGCCCGGCUACACGCCCUCAAUGCUCGACAUGUACUACCGCCAGGCGGCGGCAGCGGCGCUGCAGCGGCCCGUGUUGCCCGGAUCGAUGACGUCAAUGUCGUCGAUACCGCGACUCUUCAACUUCUCGGCGGCGUCGCACCUGCCGCAGCCGCACAUGCCGUCACCGAUCUACGGAGCAGCGCGACCCGUGACGAGUGUCGCUAGCUCGAUCGCCGCCGUCACGGACCCGCACAGAACGAGCUGA